AUGGCCUCUGAGGGGACCACUGCUAUUGCCGUGCUCUAUGCCAGUGUUAUGCCUUCUUCCGUCUUCGAACAAGUCCCGACUUUUGUGGACAAGCCUUCUGAUCCUCACCACAUAGUGACGGCGGCAGGACAGGCUCCGAGGGUAAACUACGUCGACAAUGAACCAUUUGAAAAGUUUGUUACGGAGAUGUCAACAUUACCUGUGUGA